GCGAAGUCGAAAAUGAAGUCAGACUCAGAAAUCAUGCUCAGUAAGUACUUGUGUCGAGUACAAUUUGAAUUUUCUAGAAGAAAAAAUAGGAAUAGGUAAAUUACGGCUACAUAUUUGCUGAAGAUUCUGUCAGUAGAGUAUGUAACACAUGCUCAUUUGUGUGGCCACGGGUAGAAGUUUAAGGGUACGCACUUAGAAACGCACGACCAUACUCGUAAUCGCAUGGCAUCGACCACAUCCCCCGUCAUCGUCCGUCUGAACGGGUACCUUGUGGACGUGACCGGCUUUAUCGACCGGCACCCGGGCGGCAGGCAGAAAAUUGCAAACCUUUUUCGCAAGGCCGGACCUGGUAAAAUCCCCGACGCGUCCCCGGAUUUCAAUUCACACUUUGGCAGUACAACAAACACCAUGCGAAAAGCGGUGGCAGAAUUCGAAAGCGAAUGCAAGCGCGCGGGGGGAGGCAGUUGUGGCGAAGAAAACAACAAGGUGCCAACGGAAGUCAGGUUUUCGGGAAACGAUACUCGCAGUCAACCGUACUCAGGGAGCGUGUUUAUAGUCGGGAAAGCAUGAUGAAGAGGACAGCGAUCCCAUUUUUCGUGAACAUGUACUCAAGAACAUGAAAUACCUGCACGCAAGUGGUUUUUCUUUCAGUACUAGUACUGUUGUGUUUGGAGUGCUCAACAUCUGAAAAGCAAACACGUCGCAGGCCCAACAGCCCCAUGAGGAGCAGUUGGAUGAAAAGUUAUCUGUCACUGUCGGCCUUUAUUAGGGCAUUUGCGCAGAGAAGUAACGAGUUUUCUACACUUCUUCAGAUAGAAGUUGGGUGGAUGAUUGAGUUCUCCUCAUCGUCCUAGCGAUGUUGAUUGCAGAACAUGGC